UUAUGACAUCCUUUCUCUCCGUAAUUUCUCUUCUUCUUAUUCUCUCUCUUUCUUCUGCGGUUUUCUCAAACGCUACACCUUUCCAGAAAAUUCCGGUGCCGGGAAAGAGGUCAGGCCCUGAAGCUUUUGCUUUUGAUUCCACCGGAAAAGGUUUCUACACCGGAGUCUCCGGAGGUAAAAUCCUUAAAUACCUACCGCAGAAAGGUUACGUCGAUUUUGGCUAUAUCACGGAAUCCUCGAAGUCACAAUCGUGCGACGGAGCACUUGGAACCGCUAACAUCGGAAAAUGCGGCCGGCCGGCGGGAAUAGCUUUCAACGACAAAACAGGAGAGCUCUACGUCGCCGAUGCUCCGUUGGGUCUCCACGUCAUUUCUCGCGGCGGCGGUUUGGCCAAGAAGAUCGCCGAUAAUAUUGACGGCAAGCCCUUCUUGUUUCUCGAUGGUCUAGACGUUGAUCCCACCACCGGCGUCGUCUAUUUCACUUCCUUCAGCUCAAAAUUUAGCCCUGGGGAUGUGUUGAAAGCAGUUGCAUCAAAAGACGCUACUGGAAAACUCUUCAAAUACGAUCCAUCAAAGAAAGUCGUGACUGUAUUGAUGGAAGGCCUAAGUGGCUCAGCUGGAUGCGCAGUUAGCUCAGACGGCUCCUUCGUGUUGGUUAGUCAGUUCACAAAAAGUAACAUCAAGAGGUAUUGGAUCAAAGGACCUAAAGCUGGUUCUUCUGAAGACUUCACCAAUUCGGUCUCGAACCCUGACAACAUCAAGAGAAUCGGUUCUUCCGGAAACUUUUGGGUUGCUUCGGUCGUGAACACGGCCACUGGACCAACAAACCCGUCGGCGGUUAAAGUCAAUUCUGACGGUAAAGUCCUCCAUACAAUUUCUGUGAAGGAUAAGUUUGGGGAUACUUUGGUCAGUGAGGUUAACGAAUUCAAAGGACAGCUUUACGUCGGAACACUCUUUGGACCUUUCGCCGGGAUUCUUAAGCUCAAAAAGUAACUAUUUUAUUUCAU